GAGUCUGUUUCUGUGAAAGAGGAAACGACUGAGGGCUAGAGGCGGGAGCAACUCCACACGGCUCUGUUUUUUCGCGAAGCAGUAUAUUCUUCUUGUUUGAAAUCAGCUGCCUUCAGGUGGGGGCCGGCAGGAAAGACCUGAACUGACCCGUCGCGUUUCCACUCUGAAGUGAGCUACCUGGUGGAUUUUUCAUUUCGUCUCUGAUGCCCUCCAUGCCUUUGAGAAAGUUGCAUCCAUGACUGAUGGGAGAAUGAAAGGAUAUUUGGACCAACAAGUGCCUUACACUUCUGCACAGAAACCAACAGGGAAUGGAACUAUGGACAGCAGAGCUGUGAUGGCUUCACGGAGGAAAUCUAUGGACCCAGGUGUGCCCCAUGUCCCAGAUUCAGAAGAUCUCUUCCUUGAUCUAAACCAGUUCCAGGAAACUUGGCUGACUGAAGCACAGGUUCCGGACAGUGACGAGCAAUUUGUGCCUGACUUCCAUUCCGAAAACUUGGCCCUUCACAGUCCUCCAGCUAAGAUAAAAAAGGAACCACAAAGCCCUUGUGUGGAUGCUUCCAGUUCCUGUAGACACACACAGCAUUUUCAUUACCAGCCCAGGGAGCAAUGCUUAUAUGCCAGGCAUGAUUCAAACAAUGUGAGCCACCAGGGGCCACUCCAGACAGCGCCUGGCCAGGCAUACUGUAUGGAACACAGUUCCUUGUACCAGCUGCAUGCUGAGACCAGCCAGUCCUUCUCUGCCUCUCAAGCCUUGGUAUCAGACAGCUCUUCCAUUUAUCAACGUCCGUGGUCUGCCCCAUGUCUGCCGUAUCCCCCACAGGGCUUCAAGCAGGAAUUCCACGACCCCAUGUACGAGCAAGUGAACACACUGGGAGAUGUAGACAGUUCCCAAUAUGCAACUGGCGUGGUGAUAAAACAGGAGCGGAUGGACUAUGCUUUUGACACAGAUGUGGCAAGUUGCCAUUCAAUGUAUAUGAAUGCAGAAGGAUUACCAGGUUGUUCCAGUUCUGAAGGCAUAUUAGGCUAUGGUUAUGAGAGGCCAAUGCGACCAUUUGCAGAAGAUGUUUGUGUUGUUCCUGAGAGGUUUGAAGGGGAUUUUAAGCAAGAAGGCUAUCGCGAGGGCCCACCUUAUCAACGGCGUGGGUCUCUGCAGCUUUGGCAGUUCCUGAUGGCUUUGCUGGACGAUCCAAGCAAUUCCCAUUUUAUUGCCUGGACUGGUCGAGGAAUGGAAUUCAAACUCAUUGAACCAGAAGAGGUGGCACGACUUUGGGGCAUUCAGAAGAAUCGUCCAGCUAUGAAUUAUGACAAGUUGAGUCGCUCCCUUCGUUACUAUUAUGAAAAAGGCAUUAUGCAAAAGGUGGCUGGUGAGCGCUAUGUGUACAAGUUUGUCUGUGAGCCUGAAGUGCUGUUCACCCUUGCUUUUCCUGACAAUCAACGUCCAUCUCUGAAGGCAGAAUUGGAGUGGCAUAUCAGCGAGGAAGAAACCGUCCCUUUGUCACACUUGGAUGAAAAUACUGCCUAUCUGCCAGAUCUGGGAGGUGCCCAGCUUUAUGGGAAAAGCUGCACAUACUAGCCAACAGUAGAAUGGACAAAUUACAUCUGGGAGAGUUGUGUGUGUGUGUGUGUGUGUAUCUGUAUAUAUUUAUACAUAUACAUAUACAUACAUACAUACAUACAUACAUACAUACAUAUAUAUAUAAAGAUAUUUCUCAAGGUUUGAGAGUUCAUUUCUAGAUAGCGGCAAAUGCCGUAUUUUUCGGUAUAUGUGCAUAAGUGUAUAAGAUGGAUUCCCCACCCACAAAAGAAGGUGGAAAUGUUGGUGCAUCUUAUAUACCGAAUACAGCCAUUUUUGGCCUCUCGAAGCCCCGCCCUGCUCGUCCCAUUUUUGUGAAAAAUAGGCCCCUUUUUCACAAAAACGGGAUGCGCAGAGGGUUUGGGAGGCCUGCAGAGUGCUCCUGGGGGCCAGGGAGAACAAAAAAAUUUUUUUUUCUUAUUACCUCUUCGAAAUCUUGGUGCGUCUUAUACGCCGGUGCAUCUUAUAGUCUGAAAAAUAUAGUAUUUCUCUCCUAGGGCGUAAAGAAAAAAUAUCUGCUAUGAAAUCUGCAUGGCAUCAAGAAGGGCAUCCGGCCAGUAAAUGCUCAGCUCCAUUCAGUUGCCCUGACUCUAUCCCGAAUUAAGGGAUUACAGGGUCGAUAAAAGGGAGGUUUUUUUCCUCAGUAUAUAGAAUGUGGCCUUGGCUAUUGGAAGUAAAAUCAGAAGCCUUGGAAGAAAGGCAACUGGAUCUGCCACUUUGAGAGCAAAGUUGGGAUUUGGGUUCAAAUCCUGCCUUAGUCAUAGACUCCUUGAAUGAAUGUGAGGCAAUUCUCAAGGAGGGACAACCUACCUCACAGGGAUGUUGUGAGGACAAAUAAGAUAAAGAUUGUAAAAUGCUUUGUAUAUUUGUCUUUUUAUUUUAGGGGAUAUCUUGGUUCAACAAUAACUAAAUGAAAACUAAACAAGGGAAAGACAAGGUCUCUCCGGUUUUAAAUGGAGUUUUUCCUUGCUUGAGGCAGAUGGAAUAUGUACACUCCAAACUCAGAAUAAUUUCUUGACAGCUGGAUGAUGGAUUGUAGACUCCUUUGCAGUGGAUAAAUGAUAUAUGCAACAGAGAGAGUAAGCUUACCCAUCAUGAUGCCAAGUGCUCAAGAGAGAAGAAUUGGCAAAGAAUUACACUUUUAAUGUCCUGCAAGAAUCAUAAAACAAUUGCUGCAGCUUAACCUAUACCUAGACCUUAGGUUCUGUGCCUUAUUGUGCCUAAUGAUUAAUUCAUGCAGAGUAUCCACUGGGACAAGAAGUAUAUAAGCCUUAUAUACAACUAGGUUUUCUUGAGCCCUCCCUGCAAAUUUAUUUUCUUGCAUUUGCUUUACAUUUCAAUUCUGGCACUUCCAUUUUGGCCGAUGGCUUCCAACACGUGUUAAUAUUGAUGCCUUCUGCUCAUCUGAUGCUUGGUUUCAUGUGCUAAGCCAUGCUUUAUUUAACAAUGAUUUGCAUAAACUAUUAGUGGAGAGUGAAUUACUAAUCACAGUGACGGGUCAUAAGAAAUGCAAAACUAAACAAACUCAUGACAAUGAUGAAUUUGAUCAUUAGUGUUGGAAAAAUGAUGCCUUUUUACGAUUGUCAAAUUUAGAAAGAUUAUGUAGAAAAAUACUGUUGAUGUGCAUGUAAUCAAGAGCUCUCUGCCUGCUGCCUGCUUCAAUACUUGUGUCACCUAAGAAUGAGCGUUGAACUGGGCAGACUUUGGAAGAAGCCCCAUUGGAAUCUGUUAUGCCUGAAUAAUUCUACAAGGAUGUAAGUUCCAGUCUCUAUCAAGAAACUAGAGCUUGCACGCUCUCUCAGAAGUAUCCAUAUGAUCAGCAGCUUGUCCUUUAUCCUUCUUGAAGAUGAAUUUUAAGUGAAAAGUUGUAGGCUCUGUGAACAUUUCCAGGAUUUUUGUCCUGAAAAUGCCACCAUCAGUCAAAUUUCUUGUUGUAAGAAUUCAGAUGAUGCCCUCAGAUUUUAGUAUGCCCCAUUUAUUAUUUUUGUGUGCGCAUGCAUCUGAAUAUUCUGAUCUGAUUUUUUAAAAGAAUGAUUUCUUGUCCAUGCAAUUGGAUUUAUGUAUUUUUAGGCCCUCCCCUAAAAACCAAGGUUAUGAAUUGUUUUGGAGUGUGAAAGUCAAAAAGUGCUUCCAUGAGGUUUUUAAAUUAUUUGAUGGCCCUGAUGAAGUGACUCUAGCUUUUAAUUUUCCUUUAUUUCUGUGUCAUGUAUGAACUAGACCUAAAGUUCGAUUUAAUUAUUUCAAAUUUCCAGUAUAUAGAGUUAGUUUAGUAUAGUAUAGCCUUUAUUGUCAUUGUACAUCAUGCAUACAACAAAACUGGUUUUAGCCUCACUAGUGCAAUCCAUGACAAAAAAUACAAGCAACAUAAAUAGUAUAAAGAAUAAUCCCUAUGCAAGUAAUUAGGGGAAAAAAAGAAAAACUAGUCAUACAUUUCUGCGUGUGUUUGGAGUGAUUGUGGUUGUGUUGUAAGAAUCUGAUAGCCCAAGGACAGAAACUAUUUUUAAAUCUGGCUGUGCUCUGAUGUCUUCUACCUGAUGGUAGAAAUGCGAAGAGACAUUGACCACGGUGUGAAUCAUUUCUGAGUAUCUUCCUUAGUCUUAGUUCCUUAAAGUCAAUAUAUUUGGAAAAGACUUUAUAUUCUAUAUUAUUUCCUCUCUAAUUAUGUACACUAAUAUUCUUAUGUGAACCCGAGACAGGGGAGAUGGGAUAUUCCUGGAUAUUUAUCAUUUUUCCAUCUAAGUGUCAGCUUGACCUCAGAAUAAAAAUGGCCUGGGCCAAUCUGCCUUGUUUCAAAAAAUUCCAGGAAGUGUGGGAGAUGGGGGAGGGGGGUUUCACCCUUUCCUCAUCAGGAAGGAUAUUUGCAACAGCUCCAAGUCUAGCUAAAGUCUUCCAUUAGUAUGGUUUUUAUUUGGGCAUUAGAGAUCUCCUGAAUUAGAUGGAAUGGGGGGAGGGAUGUAAAAUAAAGGAACAGUUAUGAAAACAGGAUAUCUUACUAAAUGAAAGUUAGAACAAUACAAGUUUGGACUGUAGAAAGCCUUAGAAAUUUCACUCAUAGAAUGAAAUGAGGCAGGCAUUACCCAUGCUAGCAAUGGAUGGGCCAUCCGUCCACCAGUUCAUAUUUCCCUAGCAACGACGGUGCCCACAUUUUGACCAAUAGUGCCAACAAUUUUUGGAAUGUAUUUUAACUAUGUUUGCCAAUGAAACUGUAAUUAUUAAUGGAGUCAUAAUAUUUCUGAUUAUAACCUUUUAAAAUCCAUUGCCUUAGAAGAAAUCCUUUGGAAAU